GUGGUCUGGAAGUGUUUCCAAAAAACUAGGAAUUAAUUAUUUGUCAUUUUGUCAAUGUUUCUUUUGUCGGCUUUCAUUUUGAAACGAAACAUUUUAUGCGGAUACGUGUAAAGGCCUCAGAACGAAGCCUGAUUCAGAGGUUUAUUGGGUUCGUCACGCAACGCUCUUUUGGGGGAUACUCCCGAGAGACUGCACUACGUCUAUAAACAUUUCCGUUUUUUGAAGAAGUAAGAUAAACUAAAAAUUUAGUUACGCUGUCUGACGAGUGAAAUUUUAAGUAUACUUUUUAACUUCAUUCAGUCUUUGUUUCAUUUUGAAAGAAAAAAGCAUGUGAUCAAGACUUAAGUUUUGAAUGUAAAUCUUUUAUGUACUAAUUUAUUAGCCUAUAUAUUAAGUCAAAAAUGUUUGUGGACGUCAUUUCAUUUCAUAUAUCUCAAAGCAUUGCAUACCUGUAAACAAAGGUUUUAUUAUUAAAACAGCAUUGUGUAUAACUGGAAAAAAAAACUGACAGGCACAGUAUGCUGUUACCAUGCAAAAAGAAACUAUAUAUUUAACAAUGAACGAUAACAAAUAUUUUCUUUUAUUAUUAUUAGGAUCCUGACAGAAUUCCACCAUACUACUACUGGAUUGUGGGUGGCAUGCAAAAUGCUUUAGAUGUGUUGGAAAGUGGUGACUGGAUUACUUCAAUCAAUGGAACAAGUACUUUUGACAAAGACAAAACCUUUAUCGAGAGAGUGAAAUAUGCAUGUUACAAUGAUUUUCUGAUCCUUGUCCUAAGAAAACCGGUAGAAUACCAAGAAUUUAAUCUCUGGGAUCCAAACCAGGUGACCAUCAGCAUUAGAGCAGGACUCAAGGAGCUGCCUUUUGGUCUUGACAUCUUUCACCCGGAUUUAAAUCACAAAAGCAAAACAUAUGCACUAGUUGAUGAGAUUUUUCAACAAAAGAUAGACCUCAAGGGACUAAAACGAGGGGACAAAGUCAUUGCCAUCAAUGAGCACAUACUUCAGGACAAGACCUACAAAGAGCUCCAACAUAUUAUUCACCGACUUCAUCCACAACAGCAAAUCAUGUUAACCAUUGAAAGUAGGCAAUGGAGGCAGUAUGGAUACCUUACCAGACAUGCCAUUGAUUCACCAGCAGGUUGUGGGUGGAGAGGGCUGCAAGCCGAGUUGAAAAAGAGCGAUUCAAAGAUGAAUUAUGGUUUUAUGUUUAAAUUUGUCGAGAAUCCACUUGAACAGCCCUGUGCAAUUAUCACACAAAUUGUUGCUGGUCACACUCCUGCUGCAGUGUCCCAAUACCUCAACCCAGGAUGCAAAAUAACAGCAAUCAAUGGACAGGCAGUUAAAGGUCUCAGUUUCCAUGAGGUGAAAACCAAGCUAGAGAGAGCUAAAACUUCAGUGGUGUUAUCAAUAGAGGAACCCACACGUUUUUUGUACGAAGGAAAUUCCCUCCCUUCAAGCAACAGUUCCUCCACAUGGCCUGUAGAGACCCAACAUGGAUUUCUACAUAAAUCCCUAAGUGAAGGGCAAAUUCAUUACGCCAACAGUUUUCAAGCAUACAAGUUGCCAAGCAUUGAUUUGACAGGUCAACAAAAAGAACAAGCCACAAGCAAUGUUGUCUACCAUGCCAAAUCCAAACCUCUGUUUGUUUGUGGGUCCCUGCCUACAAUAUCAGAUUACAACAAAGGAUUAAUUAAUGAAGAAAUCAAUGACCUUGAGUGCAGUGGCAUUCAUCAGGAACCAGGCACUCCACUGUUUGUGUCCUUACAGCCACAUGACCAUGAAACACCAACUGACCAAGACAUGCCUGUUUGCCAGAACUGUUUGCCGAGUACUAUAUCUGACAAGCGAGAACAAACUAUUGAACAUAUUCCAGGGAAAACCUACCAUUCACUUUGCACAAAGCUCGACAUGAUAACCUGUUUCUACGAUGACUACCGCCUUUUGGGUGAGAAACUUGGCUUUCCUAGGCAGGAGAUUUCCAACCUCAAUAGAAGUAAUCAACCUACCCAUGAUCUCUUAAGUGCAUGGAUCAAACGAAAGGGUGAUGGGGCCACCAUCCAAGUGUUGCUGGAUGUCCUCCUUGAAAUGGGUCGGCAUGACUUGUGGCAGUUAUUGCAAAGCUGGGCAGAAAACUCCACAAAGCACUUUGAAUACCAACAAGUAAAUCUAAGAGAAUCUUGUGUGUAAAAAAAAGAUUUUGUGAGUAAUUAGGUAUAGAGUACUUACAUUACUUAGUAGGGAGACUGCAGUAGUGUGAUUAGCUACACCUCUUUCUGUAGAAUUAUGUUGUCUUUCCAGCAUUCUCUGUGAACUUAGAGAACUAGUUUAGUUCUCUAAGCUCACAGAGAAUGCUGGAAAGACAUGAAAAGUUAGCGUGCUUUACAAAAAUAGAACCAGGUUUAAUUAUUUGAAAAGUCUUUAUGAGUAUUGUGCCUUGAGUAAACUUCAAGGAUAUAAAUAACAAAGGGUUUUGGUAAAAAUGCCAGCAUGAAUAUAAGGAAUUGUCAUCACAUUUAAGGCUAUAUUAGGAACACUUGAAUGGAAAUGUUUAGGAUGAAAAUAUUUUUUUAUUAUAAUUUUGUAUCAUUUUUAUACCACCUCAAAACAAUAUAAACUCAGUACAGUGAAUUAGAAAACAACCUGUACAAAAGCAUGUGCCUAAAGCUGUUUCUAUAACUUGACAGAAAGAGAGCACUAGUAGGAGCUGUUGACAUAUGUAAUGUAGGCAUGAGAAGAUAAUUUACAUUUUGAUGAUCAAAAUGAACAAG